CCACAUCUUUAAUAUGGCAGCAACCCGCCUCUCUCUCUCCGCAAGACAACUCCACCAAACCCUUCCCCUCCAUAAUGGCCGCACCUUAGGAUACGCAGAAUACGGCCCUGCAACCGGCUUUCCCCUCCUCUACUUCCACGGCUUUCCCUCCUCCCGCCUCGAAGCAUCAGAACUCGUGAAUAUAGCCAACCGACGCAAACUGCGUAUCAUCGCUCCUGAUCGGCCUGGAUUCGGGCUGUCUACCUUCCAACCCAACCGUCGGAUUAUGGACUGGCCUGCUGAUGUUGAUGCGUUGACGAAUCAUCUUGGACUGUCUAAAUAUGCGAUCAUGGGUGGCUCGGGGGGUGGUCCGUAUGCGGUUGCAUGUGCGCAUGCGUUGCCAAGCGACAGACUAUCUGCAGUUGGUGUCCUCGCUGGAUCAGGGCCAUGGACAGCAGGGACAGAAGAUGUCACAUUAUCACGAAAGAUGACAGCUUUCGGAGCGAAGCAUUUCCCACGAGGCCUUACAGGAUUAGGAAAUGGGAUAAUCGGGACCCUCCGAUGGGGAACUGCUACCAGUCCAGGGAAACGAUGGAUGGAUAACUAUCUCAACAAUAUCGAGCAAGACUUCGAGGGGAAAGAUCUGCCAGUCGAAGAACGAAGAGACCAGAUUCUACAAAUUCUCUUCGAGGGUUUCGCUCAGGGUUCCCGUGCGACUGUCCAAGAAGCAGGGUUAUUGACGCAGGACUGGGGAUUUAAACUGGAAGAUGUGUCAUAUAAUAAGAUCCAGAUGUGGCAUGGAACGAAGGAUGAGAAUUCGCCUAUUCGGAUGAUGCGGUAUAUGGCAGAGAGACUGCCUCAUUGUGAGCUGCAUGAGUCGGAUGAAGACCAUUAUACGAUUGCGCAGCAUCUCGAGGAUAUUCUCACAGAAUUCUUACCUGAGACUGCAAGAUAAGCCAAUAGGCCAUAUGUAAAUAGUGUACAUUAGUUAGAAUACCCCACUCAUAUAUUGUUCAUUGAUUUUCUUCAUAUUCCUGUCAUUCUAGUGUCGGAGAAAAUAACCACAUGGUGAAUGGCACAGCUUGGUUCCAAAGGCCGGAUGCAAGAAAACCUGCAUUAAAUCAUGAAGAUCCCAAUGAUCUUUUUCCCGAUCGAUCUUCGAUUCUGGGUUGAUACCUUAUGUAGCAAUGAUCAUCGUGGCGGUCUGAGAGGUUCGUCGAUGUGGAUCGAAACGGUCUCGAAUGAGGGUCUGAUGGACCCUGAAAUAUUUUCAUUAUUUAUUCUGCGGGCAAAUGGGUGUCAGUUUGUUCCCUACUGAUGCUGUUCUUUUAAAAUGACUUGGACGACUCAGCAUUAUCAUCCAUUCCAAAUAAUAUCAUCA